CUUUACAUGAAUGAACUAUAGCAAGACCAUCAUAUUGUUAAUAAAAAGAGUAAAAAAAAAUUUGAACCAAUCACGUGCAUCUGACAGCCACUUGAUGCCCGCACUUUGUCACUCGAAAAUUUCUAAAUAAAAAGGAAAUACAUUUAUCGUGCAGUAACAACUUAACCUAUACAUUAAUUGGAAAUAAAAUUUAAAAAAACACUUAUUUUAAAAUGCUUUACCUAGAAGAUUAUGUUGAAAUGAUUGAGCAUUUGCCUCAAGAAUUGAGAGAUCGAUUCACAGAAAUGCGUGAAAUGGACUUAGGUGUUCAAAAUUCAAUGGACAGUUUGGAGAAAAAAGUUAAAACAUUUUUUUCAAAUGCAAAAAAAAUGAAACCCAAUGAGAAAGAAGCCGAGUAUGAAGCAAUAAGAAAAGAAUACUAUAAAACACUUGAAGAUGCUGAUGAAAAAGUUAAUUUAGCGAAUUCAAUGUAUGAUUUAGUUGAUAGAUAUCUUAGGAGAUUAGACCAAGAGUUGCAUAAAUUUAAAAUGGAACUUGAAGCUGACAAUAAAGGUGUCACAGAGAUAUUAGAAAAAAGAUCAUUGGAAUUGGAUCAACCGCCGACAAAUAGUAGUCAGAAAGAAAAUCGUUACAGUUUUACGUCAAGCAGAUCAAGAGAUUAUCAUAGUCAUUCACGAUCUGAAAAACGCCGAGAUUCAAAUGCAUCAACGGCGUCAGUAGAAAAACGUUUAGCUGCUGAAAAAUUAACUUCAAGUAUAUCAGAACCACGUCCAACAUCAGCAAACUCAGGGACAUUAAUAGCGGCUGCUAAUUUACCUACUCCAACUGCGAAUGUUAAUCCAGUUACUAAUGUGAGCUACAAUUUGGGUCAUAUUGGUGCCGGAGGUAACGCUAUCGCAGCUGCGGCAUCUCAAGCAAUUGCUGCGACUCAGCAAAUGCAGCAAGGAAGACGCACUGCCAGUCUCAAAGCCAGUUACGAAGCAAUUAAUACAGGUGGUGGUGUCCAUGCUGCUGAAUUUAGCAAAGAACUUGCUGGCGCAGCGCAAACUGCCAUCGCGGCAAUACAAGAGACCACCAAAAAACACAAAAAAAAAGUGACGACAGUUGCAAGCUCAAGUGUUAUUGGAGCAGCUGUGCAGCCAGUAGUGUCUCCAUCAGUUGUAGCAACUCCAGUAGCUACUGCUAUUACUGAUCCUGAUAAUCCUGACUGGACUUAUGAUCCUAACGAACCACGUUAUUGUAUUUGUGAUCAAGUAUCAUACGGUGAUAUGGUUGCUUGUGAUAAUGCUGAUUGUCCACGUGAAUGGUUUCAUUACCCUUGUGUGGGUAUUACAGCAUCACCAAAAGGAAAAUGGUAUUGUCCGCAGUGUACGUCGUCAAUGAAAAGACGUGGAGGCCGGAAAACUUAAUUUAUUUUAAAAUAAAAUAAAUAUUGCAAAUAAUUAAUUAUUAAACUCAACAAUAAUUGUUUAUAUUUUAAGUAAUCGAUAAAAAUAACCGGGUCUUGUAUUAUAUAAUUAUAAAUCAGUCAUUUAUUUCAUAUAAAAUGAUUUAAAUAUAUUUAAAAAAAAAUUAAUAAAUUAACAAAUAACAAUAAUACAA